AUGGCCGCAACAUUCGUCAGCCCCAAAGUCGUGAAGAUUAAUGGUGUCUGGCAAAUUGAAGGCAAGCCUCGCGAAGACCUCAAAAUCUGCGCUCGAUACAAUCCUUCCAAUCUUCCCGGAAAGACAAUCCUCGUCCUCCUUAUCGAUAUCCCACCGAACGGCGGCACCCCAUCGCAUCGUCAUGGUGGCGCGACAGCCAUCGCGAUUCCUUUUUCUGGCACUUCGCUCAAUCAGAUGAACAAUCAAGACGCUCAAACCUUUGGCCCGGGAGAAUUCUGGUACGAAGGGCCUGGCUGUCAUCACCAGCGGUCUGAAAAUCCCAGCUUGACAGAAACAGCGAAGUUCUAUGCUAUUCUGAUUGUGGAUGACGAGACUUUAGGUGGAAAGACUGGAGAGGAGUAUGGGAACAUCUUCGUGCUAGAUAAGGAGGUCGAGAUGGGUGAGAAAGCCCCAAGCAAGUGA